CCGAAGAAGAAGCCAACUUCGAAGCAGUGCUCUCUGAACCAGUUUUCCAGUCUUACAGAUCUCACAGAGCAUUCAAUCUACCAGAUCGUAUAGAAGUAACCGAAGUCUCUCUCUCUCUCUCUCUCCAAAUUCUCCUGUGCGUGUUUCUUAGCCAAAUGAUCACAAGAGAUGAUUAAAAAUGGCUCCGAAGCCACCACCAUCGCUCUUCACAUGGCUGAUAUUACCGAUCAUUGUACUCAUCUUCCUCUACUCCACACUCCUCCCUCUCUAUACCCUUUCAUCAACCAAUUCGCAACCUCGAAAACCCAAAAUCCCAAUUUCACCCAAAUGCAAUCUCUUCGAAGGCCACUGGGUCACAGACACAAAUCAAAAACCCAUGUACGAUGAGACAUGCCCUUUCCACAGAAACGCCUGGAACUGUUUAAGGAACAAGAGAGACAACAUGAGUCUGAUCAAUUCUUGGAAAUGGGUCCCUGGAAAGUGUGAAUUGUCGAGGAUUGACCCUUUUGAGUUUCUGGGUCUGAUGAGGAACAAGAAUAUUGGGUUUGUUGGGGACUCUUUGAAUGAGAAUUUCUUGGUUUCGUUUCUGUGUAUUCUCAGGGUUGCUGAUGAGAGGGCAAAGAAGUGGAAGAGGAAGGGGGCUUGGAGAGGGGCUUAUUUUCCGAAAUUCAAUGUCACAGUUGCUUAUCAUCGAGCUGUAUUGCUUGCCAAAUACAAGUUGCAGCCAAAACAAUCAACUGUUUUUGAUCAAGAGGGAUUGAAUGGCAUACAUCGAGUAGAUAUUGAUGUUCCGUCAGAGGACUGGGCAGGCAUCAUUAAUUUUUAUGAUGUUCUGGUUUUCAAUACUGGCCACUGGUGGGGCUAUGAUAAAUUCCCAAAAGAAACACCUCUUGUUUUUUACAAGGCUGGGAAACCAAUACUUCCUCCCCUGGGGAUGUUGGAUGGACUUAAAGUUGUCCUUGACAAUAUGGUAGCUUACAUACAGAAAGAAUUCCCAAAAAAGACGAUCAAGUUCUGGAGGUUGCAAUCUCCAAGGCACUUUUAUGGUGGUGAGUGGAAUCAAAAUGGUAGCUGCUUGUUGAAUGAGCCCCUUGAGGAACACCAGCUUGACUUGUGGUUUGAUCCCAGCAACAAUGGGGUGAACAAGGAAGCAAGACAACUGAAUAGUGUGAUUGAAGAGGCAUUGCGAGACACGGAUAUCAAAAUACUUGAUCUGACUCAUUUGAGUGAGUUUAGAGCAGAUGCUCAUCCAGCAAUUUGGUUGGGAAAGAAGGAUGCAGUGGCUGAAUGGGGUCAGGACUGCAUGCACUGGUGCCUACCGGGUGUUCCUGACACGUGGGUUGAUAUCUUGUCGCAGUUCAUCCGAUACAGCUUGGAGACAGGGUAAUGAAUGGUGAAAUGUAUGUUGUCAAAUUUCAUGGAGAUCUGCAUUUUUGUGAAUCCCUGCAGGUCUCACAGAAAAUUUUGAGCAGUUUCUUUCCGCAGAGAUCAAAUCUAGAUAUGAGAAGCUGUUGUUUUACUUGUCUGCAUAUUCCCUCGAGUUUCCUCAGAAACAUGAAUGCUAUCAUUUCAGCGGAGAACCUGACCACCAGAUGAUCAAGGGAAGCAAGAAAAGUUCAGUCAAAGGGGAGCUAAGAUUGGAUUAUUCUACAAUUGAACUGUCGAAUUUUGUAGGACAAAUCAUCAUCAUUUUUUCACUUUGCUUUCUGUAUGCAUUAUCAUUUUGUGUUUUUGUUAGAACUUCAAAACCUAUCACUCCAUAUUGUGAGCAUCCAAACUUGUUCAGUAUGUGUUGUUUUAUGCAAUUUAAUUGACCUCAUU